AUGCGCCUUAUAACGGGUACAUGCGGGUCACUUGCGCGCGAGAAUCCGCGGGACGGCCCGCCGCAUUUCCGGUGCUACGCGCGGCGAUUCUCGCCUUGUCCGGCGCAGCGGAAUGGCGCGGAGCUUCCGCCCGUUCCGCAAAUUCCCGCGCAGCGGCGGGAUGUCGCGGCGGCUCUGCCCGUUCCCGCGCAGGGGAGUGACGCGGAGCUUUCGCCAGAAGCCGCGCAGGCGGAACGGGUUCCGCGGGUUGGGAAAGAAGAGGUUGAGGGUGGGCAGGGGGAAGGGGCAAAGGGGAGGGAUGUGGCGGAAGAAGGGGGAAGCUCGGGGGAGGGGGGAGGUGGGGGCGAGGGUGGGAGUCUAUGGGGCGGUGAGACAGGGGGAGCGGUGAUGGGGGGAAUUGGUGGUAGAACGGGGGAAGGUCACACAUGGGUUUGGAGGUUAGAUGGAGGAGGGGGAUGGGCGAAAGGGUUACAGGUGGGGGAAAGGCAAGCUGUGGGAACGGGGGAAGAGGUGCGAGAGGGGGAAGAGGUGCGGGAGGAGGUGCUGGAGGGGGAAAAGGUGCGGGACGGGGAAGAGGUGAAUGAAGAUGGGGAUGGGGAGGAGUGUGAAGUGGUUUGUGUGGGGGAAUGUGGGGGGGGCGAGGGGAAGUGUGAGGGAGGAGAAGAUGAUGUGACGGAAGUUCCAAUCUGGAUAUUAACAGAGGACAAUAGGUGGCGGGAUAUUAACGAAUUAUCUGGUGAAAGUGGGAAGGAGAAAGAAGACUUGACGGGGGAAGGGGGGAGAGUGAGAGAUAGGGGGGAAGAAAAGGUGGACGAGGAGAGGGGGGAGGGGGGGCAUGAGAAGCAGCAUACUUGCAAGGCAUGUGGGAAGGCUUUUGAUCGGCGGGCAAGGUUAAAGGAGCACGUGGCCUCUCACUCACUCACACGCCCACUCUCCCAUCCUAAACAGUCUCUGGUGCCAGCUCUACCCUUACCCCUCGUCUUCCCCCCUCUUGCUCUCUCUGCAGUAGCGGUCGCUUGUGUGCCCGCAUGUGAGUUGCCAAGAAUCACCAGCUAA